UGGCGACUUAGAGAGAGAUCCAUGCUCGUUUGUUGACAUAUGUGUUAAAAUAAAGCUGCUGUUUCUUUAAUUUAUUCUCAACUACAGCUACCAUGUCGAGACUGAUUGUUAAAAACCUCCCUAACGGGAUGAAGGAGGAGAGGUUCAGAAGCAUGUUUGCCGCUUUUGGCACGGUGACGGACUGCAACCUGAAGUUCACCAAAGACGGAAAGUUCCGUAAAUUUGGCUUCGUGGGCUUCAAAUCCGAAGAGGAUGCGAGCAGAGCCCUGAGGCAUUUCGACAAGAGCUUCGUGGACACGUCCAGAGUGACGGUGGAGAUGUGCAAAGCGUUCGGAGACCCCACCAAAGCCAAAGCCUGGAGUAAACACAGUCAUAGCUCAGGACAGGACAAACCUCCUGCUCCUGCUGCUUCUGAGGACAAGAAGAAAAAUAAACAGAAAAAGGAAACCAACAGUGUACUGAAAGAACUGGAAGAUGAGGAAGGAUUCAAGGAGUUUCUGUCAGUGCAUCAGAGUCGAAGCCAAGCACCGACCUGGGCAAACGACACGGUGCAGCAAACGACAUAUGUGGACGAAAAGCAGACGACUCAGAGCAAGAAGAAGCCUGCGUCAGACGAUUACCUCAAUUUUGAUUCAGAAGAGUCUGAGAAUGAAGAGGAGGACGAGGAGGAUGGUGAUCAUGAUGAUGAUGAUGAUGAUGAUGAAGAAGAUGCAGUAACCACAAAAGAAGCGCUGAAGUCCAGCUUAUCAGAUAUGGACUACCUACGCUCCAAGGUGGCUCAAACAACAGAACUCGGGGACGAGAGUGAAGAGAAGGAUGAUGAUGAUGAUGAUGAUGAUGAAGAGAAGAAGGACGGUCCAGUGCACCACGCAGACAGUGCCUAUGAGAGUGGUGAAAGAGAAAACUUAACCAAAACCAAAGUUUUGGGUUCUUCAGUUGAUGUAAAGCAGAAGAAAGGGAAGAAAUCCGCCCAGCAGGAGAUGGAGCCGACAACAGAAUUCACAGUGAAACUGAGAGGGGCUCCGUUUAAUGUCAAAGAGCAACAAAUUCGAGAGUUCAUGACACCGUUGAAACCUGCAGCAAUCCGGAUUGGGAAGAACGAAAGCGGAAAUAGAACUGGUUAUGUGUAUGUGGACUUGCGAUCCGACGAAGAGGUGGAAAAGGCUUUGAAGAAGAAUAAAGAUUAUAUCGGAGGACGCUACAUCGAAGUUUUUCGUGUGGACGCCUCGGGAGGCAAAGGCAAGAAGGAAAGAAAUCCCAAAGAAAUUGACAGAACCUUCACCAGGAAGCUCAAGGAGGACGAGGAGGAGGAAGAUGUUGCAGAGUCAGGCCGCCUCUUUGUCAGGAACCUCCCUUACACGUGCACCGAGGAGGAGAUCAAGGCGCUCUUUACGAAAUAUGGUCCUUUGUCAGAGCUACUUUUUCCUAUCGACAACCUGACCAAGAAACCCAAAGGGUUUGCAUUUGUAACCUACAUGAUCCCAGAGAAUGCUGUGAUGGCUCUUGCUCAGCUGGAUGGACAUAUAUUUCAGGGCCGGAUGCUCCAUUUGCUUCCCUCCACUGUGAAGAAAGAAAAUACAGACUCCUCAGAUGCUGCCGGUUCUGGUUCUUCAACUUACAAACGACAAAAAGACGCUAAAAAUAAAGCCUCAAGUUCCAGCUCACACAACUGGAACACCUUGUUUCUGGGUACAAGUGCAGUGGCGGAUGCCAUUGCUGAAAAAUACAACACCACCAAAAGCCAAGUUCUGGACCAUGAGUCAAAAGGAAGUGUUGCUGUCAGGAUGGCUCUGGGAGAAACACAGAUUGUCCAAGAGACUCGGCAGUUCCUACUUGACAACGCCGUCAGUCUGGAUUCCUUCAGUCAGGCAGCAGCAGCAAGAAGUACAACUGUGAUCCUGGUGAAGAAUCUUCCAGCUGGGGUGACGGUCUCAGAGCUUGAAGAGCUGUUCUCGCCUCACGGCUCUUUAGGCCGAGUGCUGCUGCCGCCCUCUGGACUAACUGCCAUCGUUGAAUUUUUUGAGCCGACCGAGGCAAAACGUGCCUUCACAAAGCUGGCAUACAGCAAGUUCCACCACGUGCCUCUGUAUCUGGAGUGGGCACCUGUCGGGGUUUUUGUUGCAGAACAGCCAAAACCAGCUGUGGACCAAGAAGAGAAACCAAAAAAAGAGAAGAAGCAAGAAGAAGAAGAGGAGGAGGAGGAAGAGGAGGAGGAUGAGCCAACACCAGGGUCUACACUCUUCAUCAAAAAUCUUAACUUCAGCACGACAGAAGACAAACUACAGGAGACCUUCUCUAAAUGUGGAAAAUUAAAAUCCUGCACCAUCUCCAAGAAGAAAGAUAAAACAGGUAAAUUGUUGUCUAUGGGUUAUGGAUUCGUUCAGUAUCAGACGGCGGAGUCAGCGCAGAAAGCCCUGAGGCAGCUCCAGCACUGCAAUGUGGACGAUCAUCAGUUAGAAUUGAAGAUUUCAGAAAGAGCCGCAAAGACGACUGAGGUUUCACGGAAAAAGAAACAAUCUGAGAAGAAACAGACAGGUUCCAAAAUCCUUGUUCGCAACGUUCCCUUCCAAGCUACUGUCAGAGAAAUCCGUGAACUGUUCUGUACGUUUGGAGAGUUGAAGACAGUUCGUCUUCCAAAGAAAGCAGCAGGGACAGGGAAUCAUCGAGGCUUCGGGUUUGUUGAUUUUCUCACCAAACAGGAUGCAAAGAAAGCUUUUGCAGCUCUCUGCCACAGCACUCAUCUGUAUGGGAGACGUCUUGUGCUGGAGUGGGCCGAGGCUGAGGAAACAGUGGAGGAUCUUCGUCGGAAAACAGCCGAACAUUUCCAUGUGGCCGCUAAAAAGCAACGAAAAAGCGAGGUUUUGGAGGGAAUUUUGGAGACGAUGGAAACAGACGGACAUUCAGAAGACUGAUGAGACUGAAUAUAAUUUCCCAUUAUUUGUUCAUAAUUUCCUACAUACAUAAAUGUUUUGUAUAGAUUCUUUAAAGAGACAUGAUGUGACUGGUUUCAGUUUUCUAUAUAAAGUUUACAAUAUUUCAGAGCUGUGUGUUGUACUGUGUCCUAUGUUCGUGUGAGUUUUGGCAAAGA